CACCAUGUUUAACACGGAUCUCGCCACGCUGAUGCCGGACCAGUGGCUAAAUGAUAAAGUCAUCGAUGGGUACUUGACAAUCACCAUAAAAGAGGCCCAAGCCAAGAAGUAUCAUGCCAUGAAUUGUGUGACUGUUGGCCAGAUUUUUCAAGGAAUUUACAGGAGUCUGUCUGUUAAACAUAAGAACAUGAUGCUCUCUACGCACAACAGAACUCUCUGCCCAGUUAACACUGGAGGAUGUCACUGGUUGUUGGUGGUUGUUGAUCCAGAAAAAAAAAUUGAUUUACUACAACAGUCUUGGGGAAAAUGCGGGCAUGACCCACAAACUGUUGCGCAACUGAAGAGGUUUCCUGCGACAUCACAAAGAAAAUAAUGGAGAAUGGACGAUCACGAGCUGUGUCCAUCAGUUGCAACAUGACA